AUGCGAAUUACAAAAUUUGGACGACUGCAAGUUAUUGUCUAUACAGCAGUUAUAUCAUUGGAGUUAGCAUUUCAAUGCAAUGCAAGUGGAUACAUCUGUGAUGAUCACAUUGUGAUGCACGAAGAGGCUCAAGAGGUAGCUCUCUACGCCUCCAAGUUGUUGAAUCCAGUGGAUCCUAAGUAUAAGUAUCCCGCACUACUUGAGGACAACCAGCUAUUCGGCAUAGAGAAUCGAAAUAUUUUUGUUGUGCCGUUUAAAAACCACAUAUCAAUCCGCAAUGGUGGAAAGCCCGGGUCUGAUCGAGUCGUCAUAGACGAUGAAGGAAAUUUUUUGGGUGUUAUGAUGAUUGUAGACAAUGAAGCUGGUGCUGUGCCUACCUACAAAAAGUGUACCAAGUUCCUGACAUACAACGAACUAAGCCUAGAUCUAAAUGUGGACAACGUAUAUCAAAAUUCAGGGUUUGCGUGCGGCUCAAAUUUUCUACCCGCAGAUAUUGAGUCUGAAAUGAUACGUAAAUGUAGAGAACUUGAAAAAUUUUCACCGAAAUAUGGAUUGUUUUUUCAAUUUCUUCGUCGAAAAGAUAUCAAUUUUGCUGAUAAUAAGUUUUGGUUUAAACACGUCAUAGAAAAGGAUUAUAAUAUUCAUGGAACAAAACAGGCGGCUGUCUACCGUGUAGAAUUCUCUUCAACAUGCCGUUUGAUUCAAAUUAAGCCUGCGGUACGGAAUGCCUCCAUAAAACCUGCAUGUAUAGAGGUAUGGACUAUGAAGCCAUCAGUAGGCAUCACUUCUAUAAAUCCAUCAAUGAAUAUAAAGAACCAAAAUCAAGAAAGUAGUGAAACAUAUCUAUGCAAUAAUGUAACAUUUAGGAUGGUAAACCUCCGAAAUUAUCUUUCUCGAAUUCAUAGUCUACAGGGUACUGCUCCAGCAACAAAUACAGAGGGUGUCCUGAUCAGGCAGAACGGUAACUUAAUUUUGUGGCCAAUAUUAUCACCUGAGAAGCGAAAUCAAAGGUCAGGACAAAGCACUAUGUUUGCGAUGGGAUUUGACAAUGAAAAUAAUUUUUCGGGUCUAUAUUAUAUUUCUGCAAAAAAUCUGGCUAGAAUAGGAUACAAAGUUUGUCCUCACGAAGAUUAUUUAAGAUCGUCUCUUGUAAAGAUGAUUUCAACGGAAAAUGACGGACGAACAAGAAUUUUUUUUUCCUAA